AGUUAAAGCCCAGUUAUCAGUACCUGAACAUGUGAGAAUACUGUAGAGGCCAUAGUAUGUAGGCCAAACCACUUACUCAGUCCACUUGGAAAAACGUGCAUUUGUUUAAAAAAACAACAACGUUGUAUUUAUAUAAAGUGCAGCCUCCCUCUCUUAGCUAACUAGAACAGCUAAGUGUUCGAUAACAGCUAAGUGUUCUAGUUAGCCAAGAAGUGGGAAAUCGCGGGUAGUAGCGCGUGCCCAUUGGAUCUGACUGGCGAAAGGAGACCACCGGUUUAUUCUAGGCCGGUUGGAAGAGGCUGACGAGCUCACUACAAUAGGUAUUUAGCUAGUUACUUGGAACAGCAACCACAGACUCUGAGUGAAGACACUGGGAUAAGAUGAAAAGAUAUGAAAACCAGCAGGCCAGACCUACUGCAGGCUGCCUCUCUGUGCUUCUGUUUAACCAGAAGAAAAGGAGUAGGCUGCCUUUGACAUCCAAUCCCUCAGAGAAGAAAUUCUGUUCCGGCAAUGAAUACAUGCCUACACACAGCUCUGCUUCAUCCAUCAUCAACACAUCAGGUAACACAGGCUAUUACCAAGAUCAAGCCCCAAGGUGUCCUGCCCCUGCUGUUCAGCACAAUCAGUGCAGCAGACAAGGCAACCAGCAGUCUCAACCACAGUCUCACUGCCCUAACAGUCAACCUGUUCCGGUACCUGUGGGGAGAAGCUUUGCACCUUCACACCCAUACCACACUGGGAAUACAGGUCUGCAGAUGGGACAGCCACCAGUGAGGCAGGACUCAAGAGCCCCUACAAACCCCAGACAGAGCAACUACAAUGCCCCUUGCAGCAGUGGGAACACACAGAGCAAGCCGGUAUCCCCAAGCAGCUACUCUCAGAUGGGUCAGCAGCAGUCAGGUUACAGACAGAGACAGGACAACCCGACAACGCCUCCUCUUUACUCCCAGCAGUCUAAACCCACUCCCCCUCCAAGCAGACCAAGUCAUGGUCCUGGAACACAGGAGCAGAACACAUCCUGGAAGUUUAUAACCACCACCAAUACUGGGCCACAGAAACAACUGAUGGAAGAUAGUAGAGACACAUAUCAAACUCAAAAUAUCUCUCAGUCUCAGGUACAACAUGUCAAACCAGCAACUGAGAACUCUCUGAGGAUCCUGACUGCUGUCAUUGAUGGCAUUAGACACUGGAGCCAUUUCAAGGGCAGAGCCCCGUACCUAUUUGAGAUUUUCGCCACUCUUGACUCUGCAGUCACCGCCGGGUCUCAUGGAGCUAAGAACUUCCUCAUGAGAGAUGGGAAAGAGGUGGUGCAGUGUGUCUUCUAUGAAAAUGAUUACUUACCAGCUGCUACUGAUCACCAGCAUUAUAAAGCAGUAGUUAGUUUUUCAACAAUGAUGGAGGAUAUGGCUUCUCAAAUCGAGCUGGAGUUGCCCAGGCUGAUCCGAGGCCAGGUGCACCGCUGUGUGGGGAACUACGACCACAACAGGGACACCCUCACCUGUGUGUCUGUCAGGGCCGCUCUGCCCUCAGAGCAGAGGAACGCACAUGCGUCUAUCAAAGCCUCGGAUGCUGAGAUGAGGGACCUGGUGAAAUCACUCAGUGAAGUCUGAUCAGCAGCACAGAAACACAUAAGGGAGCUUCCAGCAACUUUUCAAAGGAAAAACAAUUGUCUUUGCCAAUGGGUUCUUGAGUAUCACUACAUGGAAAGUGCUCUCCACUAUUAGAAACUGUAUGUAGAUCCUUGACAUGUCUGAAGAUUCUCCAGGGAUGAGUAGUACGUGAUACCCCUAUUUUAUUGUUGAAAGAAUAUUCUGAACUGGGCAGUUCAAGUGUAUACAGUUUCACCUGCUUGCCUGUAAAGGGCGCCAUCUGUUUGUGACAAGGAACAUAUUAAGAUUGUGUGUUUAUGAAUUUCCCAAUGUUAAAUAUGUACGUGCAUCUAUAUAUCAUCAAAUUACAUGUAAGAUAUUUCAUAUUUUUCUUGUGUAUAUAAUACUUAACACAUAAAAAAUGUAAUAUGUGCAAUUCUGUUUUUGGACACAAAAUAAAAAACCCUUCCUCA